CGUGUCUGCGCACACGUCUCCAUGACAACAAGAACACACGAGUUUUAACUUUCGACAGCGUAGUGAAGAAGGAACUAAAAGUUUAAUGCCUCCCAAAAAGAAUGGAAAAAAGAGCGACGAUAAAUCACUUAAAAAGGAAAACGCGACAUCUGAUAAGAAGAACGCCGAAGAGUUACAAGAGAGUGAUAAAACGUUUUUUCGAGCUCAAAUACGAGAUUUGGAGGAGAGACUGGAAAGAUAUCAGCAUAAAUGUGACGAACUGGAGAUCCAAGCCAAAGACUUGCAGCUGAAGAUUGAUACUGUAGAGAAAGAGAAGAAAGACAUUGUUCUCUAUCUCAAACGCAGAGUGGCUAAAAAAGAGGAUGAAGCGAAUGAUCUGAUAGAAACAUUAUCAAAACACCAGCAGGAUCAAGAUGCUGAGCGGGACUCCUUUGAGUUAAAGCUGAGCCUGCUUAGACUCGAACUUCAGGAAAAUAAAGACAAAUUCACAUAUGAGAAUAUGGCCCUCGCUGGUAAACUGGCGUCUUUGGAAGAGUUUUCUCUGCAGAAAGAAACACUCAUUGCUGAACGCAGGGCUUUGGAAGAGCAGCUUCAAAAGCAAAAAGAGGAACACCAGACAGAAAUCUAUAAUCUGGAGAAAAAAGCUGUGCUAGAUAAUGACAGGCUAAAGAAAGAAAUGCUGGAACACGUCGCUGCUGUGGCAGCAGAAUUCCGACGGGAGUCAGAUGAGAAGAUGCCGGAGACCACGAAGAGGGCAUUGCAGGAGAAUCUGUCUUUGACUGCCCAACUCAUGCAUCUCUCCGACAAGACCAAAGAACUGCUGAAGGAGAGUGAUGCUCUGAAGGCCCGAGAAAAGCAACUCAAGAUAGAAAAUGAAACCAUGGAACCGCUACUUCACGAGAUAACCAGGAAGAAUGUCGCAAAUCAGAAGGUGGUUCAACAGUUAACAGAAAAGUGCAAGCAAAUGCAGACUGAACUGGAGAAAUACAGCAAACUUCAAACAGAGCACCAAGAGCUUCUGGAAGAUCAUUCAACAGUCAGCACAGAGCUCCAUGUUCUCAGACAGAAUCAUGCAACACUUACAGAAGAGCUUCAUCAAACCAAAGCUGACGUGAAGAUACAGAUAAAAGAUCUGGAGGAGGAGACUAGACUGUGUGGACAGCUGAAGAUGCUUCUUCGGGAAGCAGCCGAAGCUUUAAAAGAGGCCCUGAGGGAGGUCCCUGAAAACGAGGACUCAGAGGUUCAGGUUAUCAUGCAACGGAAUCAGAUGGUGGAGAAGCUCUUGGCUGUGCUGGACACUGCCGCAGCUGUUGGAGAAGGUCCGUCUCUUGUUGAUUUUAUGCCGUGCGGCGACCAACCUACAAAAUCUCAAAACAUUAAAAGAGCAGGUGAGCUCCACCUGCAGAAAUCCGCCAAUCAUCUUUCUCACUUCAAAACUGGAGACCUGGGAUUGGUCCCUCGGAAAACACACAGCACCUCAUCCAAGACAAGACAUCUUUCCAAGUGCGUCUACAACAAUCAGCACAAAUAAGUGUACAUCCAUAGGACAUAAAGAAAAUGU